CCCAAAGCAUCCAACUUUCUAGCCCCCGUCUUGAUGCAAUUCUGUCCUCAUCAACCCGACGUCGUACGGCUCCCCCAUUUUUCCUCCCUGCCUUGCUUCCUCAUCCAGUCAUCCUGCUCGGCUGCUUGACUGCUUCCAAUUGCGAGCGUGAGAAAAAAAUAAAACAAGGCGGAGAGAGAGAUGACGACCCCGCAGUGCUGCGCUAACCCGCCGACGCUGAACACCGCCGGCGGGGAGGGUAAGGUCGUCGACAGCUUCGGCGGCCUCACGGCGUACGUCGCCGGCGCCGUUGACUCCAAGGCUGCCGUCGUCCUCAUCUCCGACAUCUUCGGGUUUGAAGCGCCGAAUCUGAGGAAGAUAGCAGACAGAGUUGCUUCGUCAGGAUACUUUGUUGUGGUGCCAGAUUUCUUUCAUGGGGACCCAUACGCACCUGAAAAUGCUGAUAGACCAAUACAAGUGUGGAGAAAUGAGCAUCCCCAGGCACAAGCAUUUGAAGAAGCAAAACCAGUUAUUGCUGCUCUGAAAGAGCAAGGAGUGACGAGUGUUGGGGCUGCAGGUUAUUGCUGGGGUGCCAAGGGGGUUGUGGACUUAGCAAAAGCUCGUGAGCUACAUGCAGCUGUAUUGUUGCACCCUUCUCGUAUUACUGUUGAUGAUAUCAAAGAGGUGAAAUGUCCAAUCGCUAUACUUGGUGCCGAAGUUGACCAUGUUUCCCCACCAGAAUUGAUCAGACAGUUUGAGCAGGUUCUUUCUUCUAACUCUGGGAUCAAUCACCUUGUCAAGAUCUUCCCUGGAGUUGCGCAUGGAUGGGCUGUGAGAUAUAGCAACGACGAUGCGUCUGCUGUCAAGAGCGCGGAGGAGGCCCUGGUGGACAUGACCGACUGGUUUAAUAAGUACCUGAAGUGAAUUUGAUGUAGCUGCUCUGUUUUUCUUAAGCUCUGGGAGCUGUUGGUCGGCCGUUGGUCAUCAUGCAAUUAAGCUGGGUUUAUGUGUUGUAGCAGUCGUUCCUGAUUCACCUGUGGCAAUGUGUAACUUUGUAUGUGUGCUUGUGCUUGUGUAGUUUUUUACUGUA